AUGGCCGUUCUCAGUCUCGGCUGCGGCAGCGACGACAAGGAGAACGCGCCGCCGCCGUCCGCCGCGCGCGGCAUCGCCGUCAAGCGCCAGACGAUGAAGAGACCGGGCGGGGGCAGCAAGGCGCCGCGGCGGCGGUCGCCCCUCCGCGACAUCACCCGGCUCUUCGUCACCGCCCCGUGCCCGCCUCCGUCGACAGCCGUCCUGCUGGCGCGCUCUGACGCGGCGCUGCCGGAGGCCGUGCGCCCGGGCGCUGGUGGCGCUUUGGACGGGGUCACCGUGAAACGGGGAAGCCACUCGCUCAGGAUGGGGUUCAGAUAG